GCCAACCCCUUCAUUCAUGAGCGAGUCCGUCCUGUCUCUACGACAACAGGGCAUAAACAAAUAGGGUAUCACUGUCCCAGUUGAAGCCAUUCAGUUGCCACUUACAACAGUGCCAAGUCCAGAACUGAUGGGUAAAUGAUCUCUCAUCAUAUUGGAAGUGACCUUGACAUCUUUCAUUAUGCCCACCAAAUCCAGGAAAUCAAGGUCCCACAGUUCAAGGCCCGCCAAGAAGACUGGGGGUCCAAAAACACCCAAAAAGAGGUCCGCUAGUGCCAAGACCACCAAGACAGAGGUGGACAUCCUCAGCCCGGCAGCCAUGGAGAAUGUCUACUACAUUGCUCACAACGCAGUGGACUGUCUGGAGUUCAGAGGCUUCGGGUGGCCACAUUCAAACCAAAAGAAGAAAAAGAAGAAGGGGACAAAAAGGAAGAAGAAAAGGUAGAACAUUUCUGCCAGACCUUGGAGAAAAUGUUCCUCUUUUUGGUUAAAUUUAAAUUUCUUACUGAUGGCACCAUCUGGUGGGCAAAAUUAGUAAUGACAAGUUCAACUGCUAGAACCAGUGCAGUAAUAUGGAGGCUUUCUUUUUCGUUUAACAAAUUCAUGUAAAACUGCAAAAUCGUGCCAGUAAAUCUUGACUUCACAUGAGGCAGAGACUUAAGAAUUCAUUAUCAACAACUUUAUUGUAAGCAGAGCGAUUGAGAAUUGUGUCAUAAAAAGUUUGGCGGCAGUUAUGGAUAAACUGGAAGCUUGCGAAGGAAACGCUUAAAAUUUGGGUAAUGCGACACAGAAGAGCUUCUAUUAAUAUUCAAUCUGGAGAACAUUAUUUACACCUGAUGUGGAGAUAAUGAACGUCAUGUGCAAGU